CGGCGCCGGGAGAGGCGGAGGGCGGGCAGGAUGAAGGACCCGGCGAGAGCGCAGGAAGGAACCCGGAAGUGGCGCGCCGCAGAUCGAGGCCGCCGAUGGAAGGGAACGCCGCUGAUGGCACAGGCCCCAUGUACGUGCCAUUUGGGCACAUUGUGGCCAAUGAGAAAUGGCGCGGAUCGCAUCUGGCACAAGAAAUGCAAGGGAAAAUUAAACUCGUUUUUGAGGAUGGCCUGGCACCGGUAGAUUUUUACUUGUCUAGCAGAUCCUGCAUUCUUUAUGUCACCGAAGCGGAUUUGGUAGCAGGAAAUGGCUACAGAAAGAGACUUGUUCGGGUUAGAAAUUCCGGUAAACUUCAAGGGAUUGUAGUGGUUGAAAAAACGCAGAUGAGUGAACAGUACUUUCCAGCCAUGCAGAAAUUUACUGUGCUGGAUCUUGGGAUGGUGUUGCUUCCAGUGGCCAGCCAGAUGGAAGCGUCCUGCCUCCUCAUCCAGUUAGUUCAAGAGCAAGCCAAAGAGCCCAGUAAGAACCCUUUGCUCAGAAAGAAACGGGCUCUGAUCUCUGAGCCGGCCCUCCUUCGAACUGUGCAGCAGAUCCCAGGAGUCGGAAAAGUUAAAGCCCCGCUGCUGCUUCAGAGGUUUCCAAGUCUCCAGCAGCUGAGUAAUGCUUCCAUCCAAGAACUGGAGCCAGUGGUCGGACAAGCAGUGGCCCAGCACAUUCAUGCGUUCUUCACCCAGUCCAGGUGACGGCUCUUCUCCCGGCAUCUCCUUUACACCACGGACUACAGGAUCUUCUCUUGUUUUCACAUUAAGAAAAAAGAUUUUCUAGUGAAAGAUAGUAAGGCCUGAGUGGAACCUGCCAGCUGUCCCACCCUGCCCCCUGGGCUCAGGCACUUCAGUUAGUGGGCCCCAGGUGGCACUGCCCCCAUCCUGCUGGCAUGAAGAGGGCUGGUGGGCAUCUUUCUAAGGGAAUCGAUUUAAAUAGGGACUCUCAGAUUCAGCAGAAAGCCGGCUUGGGCAGACUUUAAUGUAUGACCAUGACCUAUAUCACGGAAGGUGAAAGAUGUGACCGUCUAAAGGAAACAAACCUACAAUGAAGCACUGUGCACCAUAAGCCCGUUGUUCCUGCUGGCGGAGCCACUGGUUUUCAGGUCUGGUCUUAAUACACCUGUGCUUUGAGGGCUGUUGCCAGUGUAAACAAAUAAUUGUACUGCCUUUCUUCCUUCCUACUCCCUUCCUGAUAGCUGCACAGUUUGUUUAUAGUCAGUGGGCACAGUCUUCUGAACAUGGAAAGCUUGGAGUCUAGAGUUCCCAUUUUAAGAUAAAAAGCCAGUGUGUGUGAGGGAGGGAAGGCACAUGUGUUUAUAAAUGUACAGCCCAACAAUGGGCAGGGACACAGGAAAAUGGGAGGGGCAGCCGCAUCCAGAGAGGAAAGCCAAGGGCUGGGGUCAGAAGGUAUAAUAGCCUAUUCCAAAAAUAAAGAUCUUAUGUUUUCAAGGAUACUGAGGUAACUUGAAAGCCCUUUAAGUUCUGUUUUGUGAAAUGUUAGUCAUUUCAAAAAAUGAAACACAAUGAAAAACAUUUUGUGCAUGAGGGCAAAAAUGACUUAAAAGAGGAAAUUAAAAUGAAAUAAAAGUAGAAAACAU